ACCAGCCAACCAGCAACGCAACGGAACGGAACGGUGCCGAGGCGACGACGCGGGGCUGAGAACCAAACCGGCAAACGGAACCCCCUCGCCUCCUCCUCCCUCCGUCCCUCGCUUCUCUCCCCACCUUGUCUACUGCCGCUGUCGCCCGGCACGGCGGCUGCUCCUCCACUCCCAGAUCUUCCCGCCGCCGCCCCCCAAAAAUAGCGCCCACCAAAACCCUACCCCACCCUGCCCUCCCUCGCGGCGUCCGCCCCCGACCCCGCUCCGCCGCCUCGAGCCGCCGCCGGACUAAACCCUAGCCCCACCGUCUCCGCCGCCAUGGCCGGCCCGUCCGGCGCCUCCUCCUCCUCGCGCGGCCUCAGCGGCGUCGGGGUCGACCGCUUCUACAUAGCGCCCCACGUGCGCCGCCAGCAGCAGGAGGAGCAGCUGCAGCGGCUCAAGGGCCAGCGCCCCUCGUCCCCGGCGGCCGGGACGCUCACGCCCAGGGCCGCCGCGAGGCACAAGCCGCCGCCGCCGGCGGCGGCGGGGGCUGCGGACCCGGCCGCCCCGCCUCCCAAGGAGGCCGAGAGGCGGGCCGACGCGCCCUCCAAGACGUCGGUAUCGACCGCGGCAGCGCCCACCUCCAAGGCGACGGCGGCGGCCGAUGCGGCCGUGGCCCCGCCGCCGGUGGAUGACGUGGGGAAUCUCGAGAGGUUCCUCAGCUUCACCACGCCGUCCGUGCCCGUGCAGUACCUGCCCAAGACCAGCAUGAGGGGAUGGAGGAUUGGUGAUGUUCCAAAUUCACCACCAUAUUUCUGCCUUGGUGAUCUCUGGGAAGCUUUCAAGGAGUGGAGCUUUUACGGUGCUGGUGUACCCCUUGUGUUAAAUGGCAGCGACUCUGUGAUUCAGUAUUAUGUGCCAUACCUUUCUGCUAUACAGCUGUAUGCAGACCCUUCAAAGCUUUCAGCGAGGACCAGGCAUCCUUGGGAGGAAAGUGAUGGGGAAUCUAUGGAUACUAGCAGCGAAGGUAGCAGUGAAACUGAUGUCGACCGGUUAAGAGGUUCUCUGGAAGCAACAUGUCGAUUGGAGGGUGGUUUCCAAAGGGAUGAUGGUGAAAUGCACUCGCCGUCCACUCGUCCAAUAUUUGAGUAUCUCGAAACGGAUCCACCAUUUGGUAGAGAGCCUUUAACAGACAAGGUGUCAAUUCUUGCAAGUAAAUUUCCUGAUUUGAAGACAUUCAGAAGUUGUGAUCUGCUGCCAACCAGCUGGAUAUCUGUUGCAUGGUACCCCAUAUACAGAAUACCUACUGGACCAACACUCAAGGAUCUAGAUGCAUGUUUCUUGACAUUUCAUUACCUGUCGACUCCUUCCAAGGAUACUGAUCGUGCUGCACCAGCAUGCCCUAGUUUUGGUGGGCUUAACCACUGUGUGAAUGCAGCUGGUAAGCUAACAUUGCCAGUCUUUGGGCUGGCAUCAUACAAACUGCGGAGCUCUAUCUGGUCAUCGAAUAGGCCUGAGGAGCAGCAUCGUGCAGCCUCUCUGAUGCAGGCAGCAGAUGAGUGGCUUCGCCAACGCCAAGUGUACCAUCCAGACUUCCGGUUCUUUCUCACCCACUACAACAAUUCUUUGAGAUGACAAGAGAUGCCUUGCCUCACGCUGUAAAUUGUUUUUGGUAUUUCCUGUUGUUGGCUGAGCCGGGCUACCUGUAACACUAUGUUGUUGAUCGUGUAACGUAGCGCUUACAUCUCUGAACUCUUUUUUUUUUGAUAUGGUUCAGUAGUUCAAUGCCAGACAGCUAAUUUGUAAUGUCUCCAAUAAUUCUUUGGUGUAGGUAAACUUUUACGUGGAGAAAAACAUAAUGGAGACUUGUAAAACAGAAACUGAUGGUUAUGAAAUUUAAAUUUAUAGAAUUGAUAAUACCUAGCUUGUCAA